AUGUUAGGAUUUGGAGGUAUAAUUCGUCACACAACAGCUCCUGCAGAGAGAUCUAGAAUCCCUAUUUCAAAUGGCCAUGUUGCGCCAAUUCCUUCUACCCCUUUUACUCCUCCUCCUGCUGCAUUUCCAAUCCAGGAGGAUGGAGAGACUCCAGGACAAAUUUCUCGUAUUUUUAAUUUAGAAAACAAAAUCUCCCCUAGUGACAUUUCAGCUGACUCUUUGCGCGUAGAAGUAUCUGGGACAUCAGGAGAAUACAUAAUAGAGAACACUGAAACUUUAACAUCUAAAAUUUAUGCUAUUUUUAAUGAAUUGGUCUAAAUUUAAUUUAAAAAAAUUUAGGAAGAGGUUAAUUUGCCUCAGAUUAUUUCCAAAAAAAGCAAUUUGUGUGGGAAUUUGUUGAUCCACAAGGAAAUGAUAUCGACAAACAAAGGAAAAAGCGAAUUGAAGUAAAAUUUGGCGACAUAAUGUCAAUUGCUAUAAAAGCCCAUGAAGGACAUCCAGGCUCCUUGAUAAUUCGUAACUUUUACCAUAGUUACAAAUAAGCCCCUCUCAUUAUACAAAGAAAAACAGAAUGCUCCAGGUAAAAACACACAAUGAGACAAGUCAGAAGAAUUUAUGAACGGCUUCGACAAGCCUAGAGAAGGAGGAACCAUCAAAUUAACCACCUACUUCGCCAAGGACGCUCUAACCCGAAAACCAGGCAAAAUUUCUCAUUUAGAAAAACUUUUGAGCUCAGAUUCCAGGAUCAAGCACAUGAUUGAAAGCAACCCUGACAGCUCUUUUGAGCAAGUAAAAGACGCAAUCAGUGAUACCAAUGAAGAGGUUGUAGAAGAGCCUAGCGUACAAAAUAUUGACGUAAUGAACGCUGUGACUCUUGGGGAUAGACAGCUUACUGCAGGAGACCUUGGGGUAAGCCAAGAAUAUUUGAGUAUAAUCCACUCAGAUGAUUUGAACCAUAAGCCUAUUGAAGACUUGGUAGAGCUUGUCUCUAAAGAGCUCAAGCCAAGGUCUUCACAAGGGGGAUCAUCUAGAAAGCAUAAGUUUUUAUGUCCUAUGUGUAAAGCGUUGAAAUUCGAAACUGAUGCAAACUUGAGAGACCACUUGUAUCAGAAGCAUAAAAACUUGGUAGAGCUUGGGUUUGAUGUGCUGCCUUCAGGACAUUUUAAAGCAAGCCCACUUUUUCUUGUAAAUGUGCUAGUGUAAGAGUUAUGUAGAUUGUGUAAAUCAAAGCCUCAACUACUUACUCCCCCCCCCCCCCUCCGUGAGCGAACAAAACCAUUAGAAAAAUCGCCAUUUUUUGACCAAAAAACCCACCCUCCGUGAGUGAACAAAAAUUUUUUUAAUAGAAAAAAUUUUAAUGGAAAAAAAUUUUGAUAUAUAAGUGAUAAUUAGUAUAAUGAAAUCUAGAGCUAAUUCUGUUUAAUUUUAAACAAAUUGCGUUUUAAAACAUAAAUUUUUGCAAAUUAAAUUAAUAUUUGCUUCCCAAUUUUUGCAAAUUAGGAUUUUUUUAAAAUUUCGAAAAAAAUAUUUUUUAGAAAAUUUAUAUAUAAAUUUUUUUUAAAAAAAAAAAAUUAACCCCCCUCCGUGAGCGAACAAAAUUUUUUUGUUCGCUCACGGAGGGGGGGGGGGGGAGUUUAGAACAAUAAUGAAGAACUCAAUUAAUUUUGAUUUUGAUGCUUAA